CUUGCUGAUGUGCUUGUGCGUGCGUCUCUCUCUCUCCUCCCCUUCACCGCAGCGUGACAUCAAAGAGCCCACCGCUGCAUAAAGGCCGGCCGAGUUGCUGGCUGCAGAGCAGGAGGGCUGAGGCGAGCGCGGCAGAGAGGACCACGCAACUUGGACGGCGCGCCCGCAGCGUGGGCGCCCCUCGGGGCCGAGCCCCCUAUGGCUUCUUCGUAGCGCCAGAGACCCGGGGGCGCCGCCUUCGCCAUGAACGUGGUGGGGGGCUACCAGGGCCACCCCCAUCCCCACCACCACCCGCACCACGGCGCGCUGCUCCACCCCCACCACCCGCACCACGAGCCGUUCCUCUUCGGGCCGCCCGCGCCGCCGCCUCCGCCGGCCCCCGGCCGAUGUUUCCCGCCGGCCGAGCGGCCCUUCGCGCAGGGCUGGCUGCUCAGCGCAGCCUCCGACCUCUCCCCGCCGCCUCCGCCUCCUCCCGAGUUGGUGUGCGCGGCAGCUGCGGCAGCGGCUGCAGCGGCCGCCGGGCUGGGCUCGUCGGCUUCGCCCGCCUCGUCGUACGGCGGCAGCCCGUCGGAGCUGGGCGGGCGGCUGAGCGCGGCGCGCCGUCGGGGGGCGUCUUCGUCGUCGGCGCCCGGAGCGCCUCGCAAGGAGCGCCGCCGCACCGAGAGCCUGAACAGCGCCUUCGCCGAGCUGCGCGAGUGCAUCCCCAACGUGCCGGCCGACACCAAGCUGUCCAAGAUCAAGACGCUGCGCCUGGCCACCAGCUACAUCGCCUACCUCAUGGAGGUGCUGGCCAAGGACGGGCCGGCCGCCGAGGGCUUCAAGGCCGAGCUCAAGAAGGCCGAGCCCCGCGACGCCGCCAAGAGGAAGCGCGAGCAGCCGCAGACCGAGGGCUAUUCUCACGCUUUAGGCCACGGAGAAAAACGGCUUAAGGGCAGGACUGGCUGGCCUCAGCAGGUCUGGGCGCUGGAACUGAAUCAAUGAAUGAAACCAGGAACCGUUUCCAGAGAACCGGCUCCACCAAGCUGGCUGGGAGGAGGACUGCGCGCGCGCCCAGGAUGGGGGACCCUGUUCUCCCUGGUUGGUCUCUGCCCCAUCCCUCGCGCACCCCAAAUCCCCAACACUCAGAAGAAGAGAGAGAGAGAGAAAUCGUCCGCGACCCGCUUUUUUGUUUGUUUCCGUCUGCUGAUCCGCCCUCCCCUUCGCAGCCUUGGAGCGGGGAGCCGGCGGCCGCCUCAGUGAGGACGAGGAUCAUGUGCAAUGUGGAGGCUGCAGAAGGGGGAACAGAGAGAGAGAGGGGCCCCCGACACGCCUGAGAACGGAAAACUCCCCCUUCCCUGAAGCCAGUAACUCGCUGGCUUGAAAGCCCGGCGAGGACCUGGACGUCAAACGAUGGACCGUCUGCGCCGUCGGAAGUCAGGCAGGAAGAAGCCUUGCCGGAAACCCGCGCGGGAUAUCGCGUCGUCUAAUGUCGCUUUUGAAUGUCUCAUGGAACCAGGGUGCCACAGAUGUAGAUGUAUAUAUAUAUAGCUAUAUCACGCGGGAUUGUGUGCGGACCUGAAAGGGAUCUUGUGUUGCACAAAAGAAGGUGGAAGGCCCGCCAGCCGAUCCUGACUUGAGAGUGAUUUCCAUUUGCUGUCAAGCCAUUGCUGAAGGAGGGGGGAGUGGGAGGGGGGAGUAAGAGAAGUGAGGUUGAUAAUCCGAUUUCAUCACAAUUUAGGCUGAAGCGGAAACAUCCUGUUCUUCGUGAGGAUCCCAUCGAACAGGAGGAGAGCUGCUUCGAAGUACACCACUCUAUUAACGCCAGGCCACUCCUGAGGCAACAACUUUCUUUCUGCACGUCAGCGUGCGGAUCGGAGCCUUUCCUCCCUUUUCAAAAUCUAUAGGAUCCCCCAUCCUAGCGCCCUAGCAGGGCUGUAGCCGGAAACCUGAGCACAUAAAUGGAUUUGCUCAGGAGUAAAUCCCACAGCUAGGACUGGGAUUACUUCCUGCCAAGGAUGGAAGGAUGCAGAUAAGAGCUGGAGGAGUUGAAUCCCACCUUUGGACACAAUCCAGCCCACAUUAAGAACCCCCCAAAUUGGAUUUCCAAACUCUUGGCUUGGGCUGGACCCAUCCCUCGGAUUUCAGUGGGGCCAGCUAUGCGGUUCUCAAGGGGCUUAUUCCAAAACCGCCACCCCCCUCCCCAUCGGAGUCCAUGAAGCUCCUUCAAUAAACCACCUGGGGGUGUAAGGGGGGCAGGGGGGGUUGCUGCCCCUCCAUCAAUAAAAAUGCAUAGCAAACUGAGGUUCUUCCCUCCCUAACAAAAGGCCUGCCCCCCCCCAACAAAAAUCCUUGCUAUGCCCAUGAAACCACCUGAGUCAAUAAACCACAUUGAAGAUCACAGCCUGCAAUUCUAGGCAGAGCCAAAACUUUCAGGUCCAGGUUGCAGAAAUGGAAGGAGGCUUGCUUUGGCUGUAACCCGGCUGCUUUCUUCUGUCUCUGUGCCCUAGGUUAACAUUUCCUCUGCUUUCAUCCCUCUCCUCCCCAAUUAAAAGAAAAUCCAGUUCAGAAAGAAAGGUGCAAAGUGAAAGAACAGGACCCCCAAUCUGCUCCUCCUGUUGUAAAUGCACUGUCGCCUGCCUGGCCUGGAUAUUGCCUGUGGUCGAUGGGGGAAUUGGCCAUGCACUCUAGAGACACUCUCCCCUACAGACGUGCAUGAGCUUUCCAUACCUUCCUCCCACCACCACAUCACUCAUUCCCUGCACCCUCCCAAGUUUGGGGGAUUGGUUCCUCCUGCACUUGCGAGGGAGGGGAAUACUGGGCAUGAUCCAGCUACAAUUAAGCACCAUUUAAAAGGUCGCCUGGUUUCGGCCAGAGAAAGUUCAGCACAUGGUGACUUGCACAUGGCGUUGAAACCAGUGAUUCGUGAGGAUGCUUCCCUGUGGCAGGCUUGUGUGUUGUGCCUAGUGUCGUUAUUUGUUUCAAUGUAAAUAAACACAAGGUCUCCCCCUCCGACCAUGUCUCUCCUCUCCCAACAUCGUUGAUUCCAUUUAAUAUUUUUGUUUGGAUGUAUUUAAACUACCUAAAUGGAUGCAUUUUAUACAUUUCCUGUACCGGGUUUUCUACCUCAAAUCUGUAUGACCACUUGCGAAGAGAACAGGUUUGCCUUGCCAAAUAUUUAUGCGGAUUUAAAGAAUAAUAAUAAUAAUAUUAAUAAUAAAGAAAAGCUUUAUGAAGA